GUUGGUAAUUCGCGGCGAAAGACAGGAAGUCAUUCGCAGCUACCCGCAAAUUCGCCUAUGUUCAGCGAUUAAUUUCCAAUUAGAGAACUCGAGACUCGGAAAGGCGAGGUGUGGUCUCUCGCGUCCACCUCUCCACGGUUGCCCGCGAUAUCGUCUGUCCGUGUUUCCAUUCCGAGCGGAAAAUUUCCUACCUCUUCUCCGCCGUGACACUCGACCCGCUCGAAACCGAACCCGUUGCUCCCUUCGGUUGUUUCGCCGCUUCAAAAUGGCCACCGAUCAACCAGCACGAUCAACGUAAACCCAAGAAAUCUCGACGCGUUCGAGCACCGCGCGUAACCAUCCGCGAUCACGCAAAUACGAAAAUAACAUGACGGAUAACCGAUGCCGCUGUCCACGAUGCCUCCAUUCCUCGUGCCCUCUUCCAUACGCUCGGCCACCGUACGACGAGGUGGUGCACGAGAUCGACGACAACUUUGUGUCAGUGAGAAUACCGAAACGCAGAAAGAAAAUCUCAGCUUCGACUUUAAUUGCGCGGAUGCCGAAGGUACCGUACGUCUCCUCUUUUCCGCGUUCUUCUCGCGUUGGAAAACCGCGAGAUCUCCGUAGGAAAUUCCGCGGAGGGAGAAGGAGAAUAACGCGUGUAUCGCGCACAGGUGAGAAAUGCAGGUCCGGCUGCAGCAAGGUCCACGUGAUACCGAACCAGUAUCCUCCGACGAAGAAGCCCGAGGAGGAGAUACUUUCGUUGAAGGCUAUAAGGCACAUUAUGGCCAACGACGACCUAAGGAACACGCUCGAAAUUGAAUUUAAGGCGCCACGGAAUUACAUUCCUCUACCCGAGCCAGGGCCACCUCCGCCCAUAAUUGUACCGAAGCAACGUGCCAGAAAGAAGGGCAAGGGCAAGGGCAAGCGUAAGAGGAAGCGGUAA